AUGGCAUCACUCUCUACCAAGUUGGCCCGCCUUUCGGUGAUCGCCCUCUUGGGUAUCCUUGGCAUAUGCUUUGUGACAGUACAUCGCGCUGGUGCUCCUCAGCCGCUCGCCGCUGCUCCCAAGUAUAAACGCCAUGUGCGGGUGCUCGACCCUUACGCUGAAGUUGGUGUCCUUUUGCGCAAACGGGCCGACCCGUUGCUGGACAAGGUGGGCCAGCCUCUGAUCCACCCUGAUCAGAACCUUUUGGUGACUGGGAAGCAGGCCAUGGUCGCCUGUGACGUCCCCUUGUGUUCGACUAUGGGUAAGGAAAUCCUCCAAAAAGGUGGUAACGCUGCUGACGCUGCCAUCACUGUUGCCUUGUGCAUUGGUUCCGUCAAUUCCCACUCGCUGGGUAUCGGUGGUGGUGGCUUCAUCUUGUCUAAGCACCAGGAUGACGUCAUCUCCAUCAACGCUCGUGAGUUUGCUCCCGCCGGUGCUUCUAAGUACAUGUUCAAGGAUGACCCCGUCCAAUCCACCAUUGGCGGGCUUGCUGUCGGUGUCCCUGGUGAAUUGAAAGGGUUAUGGAACUUGUACAGCUGGCACGGGUCGGGUAACCUCACCUGGAAACAAUUGUUUGAACCCGUGAUCAAGCUUAACCGUGAAGGGUGGCCGUGCUCGGCUCUCUUUGCCCUGAUCCUUGAGACUGAGCUGGAAAAGGCAUUCCCUGAAUCGCCUGAGCUUAUGGCUCUGUGGGAUUUCAUCUAUAAGGGCGGUGCUAACAGUACUGGUAACGCUAACCGCACUUUGGUUAAGGAAGGCGAUUUGAUCAAGAGACCUAACUACGCCAACACGUUGGAAAAAAUUGCUAACUCCGGCAGUGCUGAUAUCUUUUACGACCCUGAGGGCGACUUGGCGAGACUGAUGGCGGCUCUGGCUCAAAAGUUCGGUGGGGUGUUGGAAGCUACUGAUUUCGGAAACUACGACGCCACCGUGGAAAAGCCUAUUCAUGUCACCGUGGACUUCCCUCAAGGUAAACGUCAAGUGUAUGCCUCUAAAGGUACCUCGCUGGGGUUGGCGAUGUUGGCUGGUUUGAAGUUUUUCAGCAAAGUGUUUGACCACGACGACCAGGACUUGUUCCUUCACAAGUUGGUGGAACUGUUUAAAUGGCUUGCGGCAAUCAGAACUCGUUUCGGCGACACUCCUGCCAACUACACCUUCAACUUGGUGAAGAACUACACCGGUGACCAGUGGAUUGAAGAUGUCCUCAAGCAAAAGAAGUACGCCGAUAACACGACUUUCCCCUGGGAAAACUAUGGCCCUGACUACGACAACGCCAAGCUGAUGGGCACGUCUCACUUCUCGGUGGUUGACGCCAACAACAACUCCGUGGGGAUGACGACGACCGUCAACUUGUUGUUUGGCAGUCUUGUCUACGACAACCAGACGGGGAUCAUUUUGAACAACCAGAUGGACGAUUUCUCUACUCCUGAUGCUGCUAACGCCUUUGGCUUGAGACCCUCGGUGCACAACUUCAUCAGACCGUUCAAGCACCCGCUUUCGCUGACUACCCCCACCAUCAUUGUCGAUGAAGGUGGCCGUCCCGAAAUGGUUAUUGGCUGUGCUGGUGGGCUGAGAAUCCCCACUGCCAUUCUUCAAGUGAUUGCUGGUGUCUACUUCUACAACUACACGUUGCUUGACGCCAUGGCCUACCCUCGUCUCCACCACCAAUUGAUUCCUGAGGAAGUGAUGAUUGAGAACCGUACUCUUUUCGAGGAUCUUUACCCUGGUGGGAUUAAGAGCUUGGAACAAAGAAAGAACAACAUCAGCGAACUGGGUACUCUCACGGCGAUGAAUGGGAUUUUCUGGGUCGACAAGGACCGCGAAUACCACGGCGUCAGUGACUACUGGCGUAAGUUGGGCCGUGCCGACGGGUACUAG